AUGAAGCUCUUUUCAAAUUUUGCACUUUUUUCUCUCGGAAUAGAAGCCAGAAAGCCGAAUGUUAUUUUGCUCAUAACGGAUGAUUUCGGAGUCGGAGACUUUACCAUCUACAAUAGAGAAGCGAAAGUUCCAACGCCGAAUAUUGACAGAAUCGGUCAUGAAGGAGUAAACUUUCUGGGCGCUACUUCGGCUUCAAGUCGAUGCUCCCCAAGCAGGUAUAUGCUCAUGACAGGACGAUACUCGAUGGAGGAUAAAGAGGCGAGAAUAAUCAACGAAGGCGAGCCGCAUUUAGCAGAAAUGUUCAAAAAAUCUGGAUACAAGACGGGACUCUUCGGAAAACAGCAGCCCUUGCCAAAUGGAAUAAACAUCGAAAAUUUCACACAAGAACACUUUGAAAUAUUUCGGAAGCGCAACCAAGAAGCUCACAAGUACAGAAAGGAAGUCGGUAGAUUCCCAAACACACACAACGUUUUCCAGGAAUUCGGAAAUUACAUACAGACGAAGCCACCACAACUUUUGGACUAUGAUUACUCUUUUACUCAGCCCGGUCUUUGCUGCAAUCCUGGAUUAUUCUUUGAAAACGGAAAAAGCACAGAGCCGGCAGAAACUUGGGUCCAGCAACAACCUUAUCCUGAAAAUACUCCAGUCGAAAACUUCAACUCUAACGGUUAUUCCUUCCCUUACACCGGUUACUUUGGCCCAGCCGGUCACGUUGAAAACAUGACCGAUCCACAUCAACUUGGUGUUUACUAUCUCACGUGGGCGCGGCAAACCAUCGCUGGAAAAUCAUUCGACAGUCGCGAAGUCGAGCAAGAAACCACCCGAAAACUUGAAACAUUCAUUGACGAAAAUCACGAGGAUCCAUUUUUCGCCUAUUACGGUCUCCAGUCUGGCCAUGCACCGUUCAAUACGCCCGCUCGAUUUCGAAAUCAAACGGAAGUUGGCCUUUUCGGCGAAGUGAUCAUGGAGGCGGACGAAAUCGUCGGACGAGUUCUCGACAAAUUGGAAGAGCACAACAUUGCCAAUGACACUUUGGUGAUUUUCAUGAGUGAUAAUGGGCCAACUACAACGGGGAAACAAAUUUUGAAAAAGUGGGGCCAUAACCAGUGGCUUCUUGAUCUGCCAGAAUCAAACGUUGGCCCGGAAAGAACUGUAGAACUUCAGGGAUUCAAAAAUGAAAUGGGAGAGGCUAGUCACAGAACUCCAUUUUUAUGGCGUUAUCCUCGAAAGUUCGAGCCAAGCAUAGGGUUCAAUAAAACUAUUUACGAACCGAAAGUUCAAGUUUCUACAGUCGACAUUUACGCGACUCUUGCCGAGUUGAUCGACUACGACUUGGGCUGCAACGAGGCGCCAGACAGCCGCAGUCUUGUUUCGUACCUCGAAACCGGCGAAGCAAGCUAUGAAGUCAAAAAGAAACCUAUCAUGACGCAUGCGUACACUCCGGGAAAGUACAUUGGGAUUCGAAAAGGAAACAUGAAAUACGUCCCUGGCGCUGAAGAAUUUUUCAAUACUGAAUGGGAUCCUGAAGAAGAGAACAAUCUCUUUGGCGAGGAAAAAAAUAAGAAAUUUAUUUCAUACUUGGAUCAGUACAUUGCCGACUGGUUAAAACAUAUUGAUGCGCGAGAAGAAGCGACAAAAAGAGGCGCAGACAAGGAAAACUGUUAUCCGCAAUUCGAACAAUUCAACUGGUUGUAA